UCUCUCUCUCUCUCUCGCUCACACACACACACACACACACACACUGGAGGUGAAGCGACUCCAAACUCCACAGCGGCGUUAGUAAAGAAGAAGCAGGUGUCCAACAUGGCGAACGCGGCCAGCGGAGCUCUCGCAAGUCUCCUGCUUUUAUCCACGAUUGCGGCGGCUGUUCUCCAAGGAGCAGCUCAGUACCCAGUCCAAAGCCAGAACCUGGUGACAGACAACAUCUCGGUGGUGGAGGGGGAAACGGCCACUAUCAGCUGUCGAGUCAAAAAUAACGACGACUCUGUCAUCCAGCUCCUGAACCCCAACAGACAGACCAUCUACUUCAGAGAUGUCAGACCCUUAAAGGACUCUCGCUUUCAGCUGGUCAACUUCUCAGACAAUGAGCUGCGCGUGGCCCUGUCCAACGUGUCUCUCUCGGACGAGGGCAGAUACGUGUGUCAGCUCUACACGGACCCACCGCAGGAGGCCUACGCCGACAUCACUGUGCUGAUCCCACCAGGCAACCCAAUAAUCGAGUCGCGUGAAGAAAUUGUAAGCGAGGGCAAUGAGACGGAGAUGUCAUGCACAGCUAUGGGCAGCAAACCAGCCUCUACCAUCAGAUGGAUGAAGGGAGACAAAGAGCUACAAGGCAAGUCCAAAGUGGAGGUCACGUAUGACAAGAUGUACACUGUAACCAGCUUGGUAAGGCUCACCGUUAUGAAGGAGGAUGACGGCAUCCCUGUCGUUUGCAUCGUGGACCACCCAGCAGUCAAGGAUUUCCAAGCGCAGAAAUACCUGGAAGUGCAGUAUAAACCAGAGGUGAAGAUUGUUGUGGGGUUUCCUCAAGGACUAACCAGAGAGGGUGAAAACCUGGAGCUGACGUGCAAGACCAAAGGCAAACCAGAGCCUCUGCAGGUGAACUGGGUGAAGGUGGACGACGAUGUGCCCUCUCACGCCGUCAUCACCGGUUCGGAUCUUUACAUCGAGAACCUUAACAAGUCCUACAACGGUACUUACCGAUGCGUGGCCUCGAACUCUGUGGGAGAAUCCUACGACGAUUACAUCCUCUACGUGUACGAUGCCCCCACCACCACCACCCCUAUACCCACUACAGCCACCACCACCAUGUACACCACCACCUCUCUCCCAGGUAUCACCCAAGACGCUGCGCCCAGCACUGAACCCGCUGCUCACGUAGACUCCAGAGCAGGAGCAGGAGCUCAAAGAGCAGUGGAUCAUGCCGUCAUCGGUGGAGUGGUGGCAGUCGUGGUCUUUGCCAUGCUUUGUCUUCUUAUCAUUUUGGGCCGAUACUUUGCGAGACACAAAGGUACCUACUUCACACACGAAGCGAAAGGGGCAGACGACGCAGCCGACGCCGACACAGCCAUCAUCAACGCUGAAGGUGGACACAACAACUCUGAUGAAAAGAAGGAAUACUAUAUCUGAUUGUACAAAUCUCUGGUGGUGUUAUUAAUAUUAUUAUUAUUUAGUUUUGUUUGUUUUUUUGGAGGGUUGGGAUGGGAGGGGCAUGGAUGGGUUCAAAACUAGAGGGGGGGGUGUUUUGUUGUUUUGUUUAGUUUUUUUUUUCGUCCAGGGGAUUGAACGAUGUAAACUACAUGGACACCUGAGAUGAUUUAGCCAUUGUCUUUGAGGAAUUGGAGCUGGUGGGAAUAAAGGGUUGGUGGUCAGCGGGUGGAGGUGGGAUGGGAUGGAAAGGGAAGGGAUGUGGUUGCCAGAUGUUACCAUGUAUCAAUAUAGAAAGCUUCACCAUUGAACACCUCCCAAAUUGCUGGUACUUUUUUCUUUUUUCUUUUUUUUUUACUUCAGUUCUGACCAUUUGCAGAAACUUCUGUGCCUUGUUCUGAAUUUCUUUUCUCUGUCAAGCCUUUGUUUUUAAACUUCCGACAGUCAUGCUUCCCCACACAUAAACCGCACUCGAUUCCUUGAUCCGUGUUCCUUUUUACCAGUGUCGCAGUCUGCUUUCCUAUGAGGGUAAAUAUACACAGCGCCUCAAGACACUCAUGCACUGUGUAGGCAUCAAGUUCUUCUACUGCAAACCAAAAUCCCAUCAUAUCCGAUCUUCUAUACUGUGAGAAGGCCAGGUUAUAUGGCAUCAUAUCUGCAUCCUUUUAGUAAUUCCAGAACAUGCGCAUCUUUUGAAUAAACAAGAAUUCCAUUGAGGAAAAGGAAAAGUAUGACGAGUUAAAGACUAUACGAUCCCACUCGGCAUUGCUACAAAAUGUUGUAUUUUUUUUCUUUUUUAUAUAUAUAUUGCCUCGUUUUUAUCAGUUUAUUUUCGAAAUUACAUGUGCCAGUACUCUUUAAGGCAUUGCUACUCAUCUAGAAUGUGCAGACGAAUUAUUUUCAUCUUGACACUUACAGAGGCAUGUUGUUUGGUUGCUAGAUGGUGUUGAAAGCCUUUUUGUGGAUAUUUAUUGCUUUGUUAUAAUGCUGUCUUGUUACAUUGUUUUUUGUCAGUUAUUUUCAUUCAGAAAUGUUGAAAAAAAAAAUCCAUAAUGGCAAAAUUAUUGUAAUGACGAAAAAAAAAAGGUCAAAUACUUUUAGGCUUUUUUUGUGUUUUCAAAUUAGAUGCUCUAGCUUUCUUGAGCUGGUGGUGAUGGUCCUGUAGCACAUGCUUAUCUGACUACCUAAAAUAUUGUCAAAUGCAAAACUGUGGGUCUGUUAGUAGGUUUUAGAUUUUGGUUUCAGUAUAUAUGACUUGAGUGUAGGAUGCAACCAAGAUGUUUAUUUUGGACUGUGGGAUGUUUCUAGAACUGAACUAUACUACCUAAGGACAACUCGUAAAUAACAGCCAAAAUUUGUUUCCUCAUGUAGACGUCGUAGUUAUGUGUUAACGAUAUCAAGCCCCCUAGAUGUUGAUAUCAUAUCGAUCUGCUACAUUUGACAUAUGAUUACGUCUAACUCUACAUCUAGCAGUGCAGCUAAUCGGAAUGCUGACUCUAAUGUUGGCAAGAUUUAGUCAAAGGUUUCAGAUUAUUUUAUUUAAUAUACAAACCAAUUCCAGUUCCAGAGCUCGACAUUAUCUACAUAAUCAGGCUACCUGUUGGAUCAGGGUUAGAAUAUAAUCUUCCACGAAAUGCAUGGUGAUUAGUGAGGUAACAAAUUCAAUCGAUUCAAAAACAUACCAAAAUACCUUGCUGUGUUCUUGCUAUAAGGUAUUCACAGAGAUUUCCAUAAUGGACUUCGUCUGUUCGUUUUCUUUGCUUUUCACACAAGAUGUCCAGGAGUCUAAUUACAACAAUUGCAUAAAGAACAUACUAUUUUAGACUGGAUUGAUGUAGAUUUUUUUUCAACUCAAUAAAUUAAUUAUGUGUGUGUAAAUUGAGAAAUUGGCAUUUCAGAGCAAAUCAUUUUUUUACAGUUGAAAUAAAACAACGACUAAAGUCAGAGCUUUAUAAAUCGGCCCUGGCCCUCAGCUUCACUUCACCGGCAUGACAACUAAAACAGACACAUUUGUGUGAAAGCUGCCAACAUGCUAAUCAUGCAUGAAAGUGUCAGACAGGAAGUUGGAAAAGUCAAUCUAAAAGGAACAACAUACAGAAUUACGGACUGUAUUUAACCUUACAUGGAGCUCCUUACGCGAGCUCUGCAAACUGAAUCGAUUUAGGAAAUUCCCAGAUGGUUUCGUAGAAUUGAUCAGCCCCUCCCCCUCAUGAUGUAUAUAUAUAUAUGCUCAUCAUUAAUGUAACGCACACUGUCUUUCACCUUCUGUAUAUUACACUUCAUCGCUGAAGCUAACGGAAAUCAAACAAACACACUGAUGUUUUUUUGCUGCCUCUCUGAUGUGGUUAAAAAAAAAAAAUGAAGAAAGCAGGGCCUUCUUCCAAGUGCAUCCUGUACCCUCUGAAUGAAGAAUAAAGCUUCAUUUCAUGUAUGUUAAAAUAUAUAUAUUUAUAUAUAUAUAUAUAUAUAUAUAUAUAUAUAUAUAUAUAUAUAUAUAUAUAUAUAUAUAUAUAUAUAUAUAGGCAUUUGUAGCUCAGCCGACAAAAGUGUAUGUUAUGUCGUUUCCAGAACUCAGACUCUUCCUCUCAUGUCAAGUGCAAACCAAUCAGUAUAAAGCUGAGGGUACUUUUUAUGAAGUUUAUGGUUUUUGCUCGUCACAUUGUGCCGUUGAGUAGACACCAUGCCCUGUGGACCUCUUGUGUGUAAAUUGGACAAAUGAGGUUAAUGAGAAAUCACUGUCACGCUUUACGCUUUAUUUUGUUAUAAAAAACAAAAACAAAUACACCUUCGCUAAAAACGUUCAUGUGUUUGACCAUUAGAAGCUUCUUUAUUCCUUAAUAUUUUCUAGCACAGUAAAGAAAGAUUGUCUUACAGCUCCGAGGUGUGAGUAGAGACGUGCGAUUGAUUGUGUGACUUUUCCAUAGUGGACUUUGUUUAGCUUUGGUCAAAAGUCUGGUGGCUUCAAAUUCACGCAAGAUCUCAGAGUACAUCCUUGACAUUCGCAUACGUGGAAAAAAAAAAAAAAAACAUACAAAAAAACCAUACCGUUUUACUGAUUCAGUGGUCGUUUAGACUGGGCCGGUGUACAUUUUGUUCAACUUGAUAUGUUAGACCUAUUUUAAAUGUGUCGGUUGUGGUCUUUUGAGGACUUGAAUGUCCAAAAAUAGGACUCUAUGGAAAUGCAGCGUUGUGCAAAAAUUGUUGUUUUUAAACACCUCCAUUUUUGUCUGUUAUUUGUACAGUGGAGAAAAAAAAGGUCCAAAAACUGCGAACUGCCUGUGGUGAAGUGUGAAUUUGGGAAAUAUUUCUGCAUUGUCUUCUUUUAUAAUGCUACAUUUGUUGUUUCCACUGAUUUCGACGCCCCCCAUGUUAACUAGUGCAGCAGUUUUGAAGAAGUUAUUUUAUUUUAUUUAUUUUUUGGUACUCAAAUUUUCAAGUUGCUUCUGCCCUUCCUCAGGUUCACUUACAACAAAAACAAAUGCUAUGUUUGCAUCUCAGGUAGAUUGCAACAUCAAGCCCCCUUUUGUUAAUGAAGUAAAUACGAAUUAUUCAGAAGAAUAAGAAGUCGAAAUAACAGAAAUGGUAAAAAAAAAAAAGCAUUACAGUUGUACAUUUUUAUGUAGUUCUUUAAUAUUCGGUGCACUGUACACAGAAUGUCAACUAUUAAUUUGAGACCGAUUCACAAAGGAACAACUGCUGAAAGAUGUAAAAUAUACUAAAGAAAAAAACAGAAAGACAAGCAUCAGUUACAAUCUCAGCAUAUUUAUCAGUCUGGCUCCAGAUGGCUCAGAUCACUCGAAAGAAUUGGAUGUUUAUCACACAUAGUUUUAGGUUUAUUUUUUUUGUCUUUCUGCUGUACUUGGGCAAUGUUACUGUGUAUUAAUGAAAACAAAAAAAUGAAAUAUCCACAUUCCCAUGCACAUUUUGUAUUGGUUCAUUUUAGACAUUUUUACAAAAAUGGAGAGUUCUUGUCUUAAUAAAAAGAAAAGAUAUUAAUGUUCAAAGUCA